AUGUCUCGGUCUCUGGACAGCGACGUUCUGAGAAAUCUCAAGUCGGAAGAUCCCACACCGAUCUACAAGGACAUUUGCAGCGCUCUCACUUGCCUCCCUGAAGAUGGCAGCCUGCUGGAGAUCGAGCUGCUCGGCAAGGCUCAUCCCUUGGAACCAGGUGUCAACUAUCUUCAAGACGGCAACGCUAUAGCCGUCCCGAAGCUCAGACUUGCCCAAGCAUUCUUCGUGGCCCGCCAGAUCAUACAGAAAUAUCUUAUCACACGUCCCGAGCAUCCAUCGAACGAGACUGUCACCGCCACGGCGGUAGUCUUGCUGAUGGACCCUGAGCAUCUCACAGCGGCAAACAUCAGAAAGAGAGCAGUCGUGAGCAAUAAUCUUAGCGAACGGGACUCGGCCCUCGGGAAAGAGAAGCAGUUUAUAGACAGCUUACUCACGGCGCGCCUCCACCGCCACACCAAAUCACCAACCUUGUGGAGCCAUCGACGGUGGUUAAUCCAGCACUUCCGGAAACUCGGUGCCGUCUCUGAUGCCCGGCACGACAUUGCAACUGUCGUCAUGGUGGCGGCCGAACGGCAUCCUCGAAACUACUACGCGUGGCAGCAUGCCCGGUGGUUGCUUCAAAAUCUGGCUGUUGAACAGCCAGAAGCUAUCAUGAACAUUGGAGACGAUGUUAAAGAAUGGUGUCUCAAGCAUCACAACGAUAUAUCUGGCUGGAUGUGCCUCACCUUUGUCAUCCAAAAUAUCCAAGACGCUGGCUCUAGGGCACGCCAGUGCUCUUCUAUGCUUACCGAUACACUCGGCAUGGCAAAGUCCUUCCGCUGGACAAAUGAAUCAGUAUGGGUGUUUCUGCGCACCAUCGUGGCAAGCAGCCUCGUCAGCCGGGAGCUCUUCGAGUCAUUCCUAGGGACCAGCAAAAGUUUAUCCUCUACUGUGGGAGCAGACUCGGCUACGGUAAGGCGCCUGGACGCGUCGGUCCAGUGGGCUCGCCAGCAUCGACAAGACCUGCGAGAGCGUACCUAG